AUGUUCUGUUCUCUUCGCAACUUUAUUCACGUUAAUCGCAGAUUCCCUCGCCAUGUAAGCCCUUGUUCCUCUUCUCUCUCUCAAAUUCGAGGACCUCUCUGUUUUCCUCUGUCAUCUCCGUCUCAAUCUUCCUUUAUCUCGUGUCCUUUCGUUUGGUUCACUAGUUUUCUCUGCAUCAUUCGAUACCCUUUCGUUAGCAAAAGCGGUCCUUCCACCUAUUCCGAAGAUUUCGAUAGAGACUGGAUCCGUAAGGUUGUUCAGAAUGAUCAAUGGGAUGAUCCCCAAAUUGAGAAGUUGUUUGAUUCGACAUUGGCUCCGAUUUGGGUUCCAAGGGUUCUCGUUGAAUUGAAAGAAGACCCGAAAUUAGCUUUCAAAUUCUUCAAAUGGUCAAUGAGCCGCAAUGGGUUUAAGCACACCGUUGAAUCAUACUGUAUAGUAGCGCACAUCCUGUUUUGUGCUAGAAUGUAUUAUGAUGCUAAUCGUAUCCUUAGAGAGAUGGUUUUGUCCAAGGCUGAAUUAAACGACUGCGAUGUUUUUGAUGUUCUGUGGUCUACGAGGAACGUGUGUGUUCCUGGAUUUGGAGUGUUUGAUGCUUUGUUUAGUGCUUUGAUUGAUCUAGGAAUGCUUGAGGAAGCUAUCCAGUGUUUCUCUAAGAUGAAGAGAUUUAGGGUUUUCCCAAAGACCCGGUCUUGCAACGGUUUAUUGCAUGAGUUUGCGAAAUUGGGGAAGAGGGAUGGGAUGAAGAGGUUUUUCAAAGACAUGAUUGGUGCUGGUUCGAAGCCGACUGUGUUUACUUACAACAUUAUGAUAGAUUGUAUGUUUAAAGAAGGAGAUAUAGAAGCUGCGAGUGGCUUGUUUGAAGAGAUGAAGUUUAGAGGUUUGAUUCCAGACACUGUUACAUAUAACUCUAUGGUUGAUGGUUAUGGGAAAGUUGGUCGAUUAGAUGAUACGGUUUGCUUCUUCGAGGAAAUGAAGAGUAUGAGCUGUGAGCCUGAUGUUAUCACAUACAACACGCUGAUCAACUGUUUCUGUAAAUUCGAGAGAUUGCCUAAAGGUCUGGAUUUCUUCAGGGAGAUGAAGCAGAGUGGGUUGAGACCGAAUGUUAUUAGUUACAGCACUUUGGUUGAUGCUUUUUGCAAGGAUGGUAUGAUGCAACAAGCCAUCAAGUUCUAUGUCGACAUGAGAAGACUUGGUCUUGUGCCUAAUGAGCAUACCUAUACUUCCCUCAUUGAUGCCUAUUGUAAGAUCGGUAAUCUCUCAGAUGCUUUCAGGUUGGCUAAUGAGAUGUUGGAGGCUGGUGUGGAAUGGAACGUGGUCACUUACACUGCACUGAUCGAUGGUCUUUGUGAUGCGGAGAGAAUGAAAGAAGCUGAAGAACUUUUUGGCAAAAUGGUUAUAGCCGGUGUGAUUCCAAAUCUUGCAAGUUACAACGCUCUGAUUCAUGGAUUUGUAAAGGGGAAAAACAUGGACAGAGCGUUAGAGCUUCUAAACGAGCUGAAGGGAAGAGGUAUUAAACCAGAUUUGCUGCUCUAUGGAACUUUCAUAUGGGGUUUGUGCGGUGUAGAGAAGAUCGAGGCUGCUAAGGUAGUGAUGAAUGAAAUGCAGGACUAUGGGAUUAAAGCGAAUACGUUGAUCUACACGACGUUAAUGGACGGUUACUUUAAGUCUGGAAACCCUACGGAGGGAUUGCAUCUCCUAGAAGAGAUGCUAGAACUUGAUAUCGAGGUCACAGUUGUUACCUUCUGCGUUUUGAUUGAUGGAUUGUGCAAAAACAAGUUAGUCUCUAAGGCGGUUGGUUAUUUCGAGAGGAUAAGUAACGAUUUUGGUCUACAAGCAAACACAGCGAUAUACACAGCGAUGAUUGAUGGUCUCUGUAAAGAGAAUCAAGUUGAGGGAGCAACAACUCUUUUUGAACAAAUGGCUCAGAAAGGUCUAGUCCCAGACAGACAAGCGUACACAUCGUUAAUGGAUGGGAAUUUGAAGCAAGGGAAUGUGCUAGAGGGUUUAGCUCUACGAGACAAAAUGGCUGAGAUUGGUAUGAAGCUUGAUUUGCUUGCUUACACUUCAUUAGUCUGGGGAUUAUCACAAUGCAAUCAGUUGCAGAAAGCGAGAUCUUUCCUUGAGGAAAUGAUCGGGGAAGGAAUUCUCCCUGACGAGGUUUUGUGUGUUAGUGUCUUGAAGAAACACUAUGAGGUUGGAUGUAUAGAGGAAGCUGUAGAGUUGCAGAGUUAUUUGAUAAAGCAUCAGACCGAUUCAGGUAAUUCGGAUCCAAACCUUGUUUCUUCUGGAGAAGAUGAAGAAACCAGAACCAGAUCUGGACACUUCAGCGUGAGCUUCUCCUGUGAAUCUAUCAGGUUUCAUCCGAGGAGAAACUUAUCGAAUGGAUAUAUUGUUCAUCGACAAGAGCUGAGGUGUGGAGUCUGGAGUCAGGUUCGGAGAUAUCUUUCGGCGUACGAUAAGCUCAGUUUGGGGUUUUCGAUUGUUCGAGGAAAAAAGAUGGGAGCUAGGGUUCAAGUGCAGCAUUACAAUUUGGGAUCGGCUGAUUCCUACAUCAGUAGCUCUCUCCACGAUCUCAACUCCGUUGAUGGUCCGUCGAGAGAUAUCGACGCCAUCGGAGGCUCCGGUGGCGGCGAUAGCUUGGAUAACGACGGCAAUUCCUCUUCUGCGGAUUGUAUCCACGAAUCAUACAGAAACUCGAUGCAAAUCCACGAUGAUGUAGUUGAAGAAGGUGGAUCUAACAAGGGACCUGCAGGAUCUUCUUACAAUAUGCUAAACAUUGAAGAUGUUUCUCCGAUUGAAUCAGCAAGAGGGAGAUUUCUGCAGAUCAUAUUGGAUUACUUUAUUAGCCAACAUGUCAUUGAAGUCUGUGAGAACAAGCGUGACCACGAGAUGGAUUCAGGAGGACAGGACAAUAGCAGUAAAGUCAAGAGGAAGUCGGAUGAUACACAAUACGAAGGUGACCCGAGUUUCGCAUUGCCGUUGAUGUAUAUCGCAAACUUGUACGAGACCUUAGUCGGUGAAGCAAAUGUGAGGGUGGCUUCAUUGAAUGGGAUAAGGGAAAAGAGCCUUGGGGUAGCUCUUGAAGCAGCAGGUGGAUUAUAUAGAAAGUUAACAAAGAAGUUUCCUAAGAAAGGUACUUGCAUGUACAGGAGAAGAGAACUGGCAACUUCAGUUGAGACAAGGACGAGGUUUCCUGAAUUAGUAAUACAUGAAGAGAAACGAGUUCGGUUUGUGGUGGUGAAUGGUUUGGAUAUUGUCGAAAAGCCGGAUGAUAUACCCAUUGAAGAUGCUGAAUGGUUUAAGAGAUUAACUGGCCGCAAUGAAGUAGCUGUCUCUGCUAGAGAUUAUAAAUUCUACUGCCCUCGACACAAGCAUAGGCGUGUUCAAAACUCUGUCUCCACCAUCCAUGGCUUGCCUACAUUUCCAGGUAUGGAUUCAUCUACAAUAGCUAAUACACAAGGGUUUCGCUCUGUUAGUGAAGAUCAAAGCCAACAACACACUCCUUCUCCUUCCAAACAUCACAUGUCACCUCUGUCUCACCAUCCUCAUCAGUUUCACCAAUCUAUUCACCAGAGCCACCACCAUCAUCAUCUUUACCAAAGUCAACACGCAGCCACACAUUUUCCCGUCCAGAGCCAUCAAUGCGACCCUGAACUAUCUCACACGCACCAGUCACCAUCUAUUUCGCAGCACAUGGCUUGCUUGCAACCCCUCGCUGGAGGCCAUGUCAUGCCAACCAGUCCGGCGAAAUUCUGUGACCAGUGCGGAGCACAGUACUUGAGAGAGACAUCCAAAUUCUGCUCAGAGUGUGGUUGCAAGAGACCUGGGAUUUAGUGAAAAGAGACAAUAUUUUUGCUCAAGUCUCGAAUUGGAAUCUCAUUUUAGGCCACAUUUUUACAAGAAGUGUAAUGUUUCAGAUGAGAAGAGAGGUAGCGUUAAUUAAUUUGUCCCGGAAGUAUUUAACUAAACUGUGUUGUGUUCCUAGUUUUGGUUAAUGCAAAUGUGAAAACACUUAUAUAUAAUUAUUGCUAUGUAAAAUUGUAUAUGAACAUAACAAUGAAUGAUUCUGCAGAAUUCGUGAGUAGAUGAAAUUAUUAGAAGAAGAUGUGUGAUUGUAUAUUAA